UAUGGUAGUCUACGAACGCUGUACCAAAAGUACAGAGACUCCGGGUUCAACCUGAUCGCAUUUCCAUGCAACCAAUUUGGAGGGCAAGCGCCGCGCUCCUCAGAUGGGGAGCGCGAGUUUGCUUACAAAAAGUUUGGCUUUGAGUUCCCCAUCAUGGACAAGAUCGAUGUGAACGGCGCGGACGCGCACCCACUGUACACCUUCUUGAAGGAGCAGACAAAGUCGGGGGACAUCAAGUGGAACUACACCAAGUUCCUGGUGGACCGCAAGGGCGUGCCCCGCAAGUGCUUUGGAUCCCUGUUUGACCCCAUCGACUUUGAGGAUGAUGUGAGCCCUGCUUGCCCCACUCUAUAUGCUCGUAGCAGGAUACUUACACGCUCUUUCUUGAGCUAUUUGUGA